AUGGCUCCUCCUAUCACAGAAACCGUUACCAUUAUCAAUAAAUCGGGGAAAGUAGUCAGCACUGGAAAACAACUCGUAAACAUUUUCAAAGAUGCUAAAGCCGCAUAUCAAGAAAAGAAAGCACAAUUGAGAGAAGAACAUUAUCUUCGGGAAGAAGCACGAUCAUAUCGGGCACAGAGACGUCUCAACGAAGCUCGAUAUGAGAUUGAAGAGGCACGAGGAGGGGGAGGAGAUGAUGCACAAUCGAUAGCUUCGAGAAGAUCUCAUAGAUCUCAUCGUUCACAUCGUUCUCAUUCCUCUCGUCAGGAACCAAGAGAUUCGUCUCGUCCUCCUCUUACCAUCAAUAACUAUGAGGAAUUCCCAGAUACGCAAAGUUUGGCCAGUGGCCGCUCCCAUCGCUCUCAUCGUUCCCACACGAGAACUCGCCAGGAAUUCAAUUUCGAUGAUUUGGACGAGGAAGAAGAUAUGCAAAGUCUAGCAAGCAAACGUUCGCAUCGAUCUCAUCGAUCGAAACGAAGUCGUUCAGUUCAUGGUUCUAAAGCUCCUACUCAAUAUGAGCCUACGGAAACUCAUUACGAAGAUCCCGAAGAGGGGUUUUAUGAUGACCCCCCUCUAGCCAUGUAUCGCCAACCAUUUGCCGAAACGGAAUUGAGUCUCGCGAGGAGACAUACAGAGAUGGAAGCUGCUCCUCCCAUGCCAGGGCAUCUCGUAAGAAGAGAAACAGCUCCUGCGGCGUAUACCAGCGGACAAUUAGUCCCACGUGCAACUUCCGUGCCUGAUCUUCAUGAUGACUCAAUCGAUAUGGAUUUGGCGUAUGGAGAUGCCCAUCAUUUUGAAUCCGAUCCCGAACCAGAAUACGAAGAGCCAAUCGCCCCACAACAACUCCCAGCAGAACUCGACGAAACAAUGAGUAAACUCGAUACUCUCCUCAUCGAAGCCCAAUGUCUUCACCACACCGCCACAGCCAUCAUGUCAAAUCUCCAAGCCAACCCCGAAGCCAUGGCCGCCGUAGCUCUCACCCUUGCCGAGCUUUCCUCCCUCCUCACUAAAAUGUCACCUUCCAUUCUGCCCAUGCUCAAAGCCAGCUCUCCCGCCAUCUUCGCCCUCCUCGCAUCUCCUCAAUUUCUCAUCGCUGGAGGUGUCGCUCUAGGCGUCACAGUCGUCAUGUUCAACGGUUUCAAAAUCAUCAAGAAACUACAAGCCACUCCCGAAAAGACACUAGAAGCUCCCAUGGCCAUGCAAGCCCUCCCCGCUACCCCCAACUAUCCUGACACACCUGGAUUCAUGGAACCCAAAGACAUGAACCAUGAAUACGAAGAAGCGAUGCCCUACGAAGCUUACGAGGAAGAACUAAGCAGCAUCGAUAUCUGGCGUCGUGGUAUCGCCGACGCAGAGAUAGAAAGUGUAGACACAAGUGUAGAUGGUGAAUACAUUACCCCCACCGCAGCACGACAUAAGGAAAGUCGCCACGCAGAGCGAAUCCGUCAACGUGCCGCUGAAGAACGGAUUGAUGAGAGUGAAGAAGAAGAAGAAGAAGAAAAGAGAAGUAUCAUGAGUCGCUUGACCAGUAAAUCUCGUCGUUCCAAAACUCUUCCUAUUAGAGGUAGUCCUUCAGAAUACGAACCUUCCGUCAAGUCUAAAGAUGACGAUAUUGAAUCCAUCCGUACUUCUCGCACGAGUAAGACUUCGAAAUCUACAAAGACCUCGAAGAGUCACAGAUCCAGUCGCUCAAAGAAAGAUGAUGAUGAGCGCACGGAACGUAUAGAGAAAGAAGAGAAAGAACCCAAGGAGAAGAAGAAGAAGACGCCUUUGAGUAUUUUCAGAAGCAAGACGGAGAAAAGCACGAGUUUCAAGGGAAAGGAAAAGGAGAGCAAGAAAAUGGGUCAUCAUCCGCUUUUACUUGAGCUUUGA